GUGGCUCGUGCUGAGUGACUGAAAGCCCAGUCCGGGCUGAGCUGUAAGCUGGACUGUGCUCCUCCUUUAACCAACAUAUGGACUAACUUUCACUAAAGCCUCACUUCUGCACUGCACGGCACAGCUCGCGCUCCGCCACCGCCUCUCUCCUCCGCGCCGUUCCUGCCUUUUGGCGGCUCGUUUGUGUGUAUGUGUGUGUGAGUGUGUGUGUGAGUGUGUGUGUGCGUGUGUGUGAGUGUGUGUGUGUGUGUGUGUGUGUGAGUGAGUGUGUGUGUGGUUUUCUUUCUCGAUGUUCUAGUUCUCAUGAUCUCAGCACAUAUAUGAACGCAGCACUGCGGCCACAUUUGGACUUAGAUCUCCCCCCACACUUCCAGAGAGAUGGACCUUGUGGGCUUUUACUUCCUCCAGCUCAUCUUCUCAGCUCUGCAGGUGCUGUUGUAUGCAGGUAGAGACUGCCUGCUGGCCGGGGAUUCAUGCUCGAGUGAUGAAACCUGCAGCCCACGUCUCAGGACCCUGAGGCAGUGUGUGGCCGGCGACGGCAGUGUGAAGCUGGGCCCCGGGGCCCGGAGUCAGUGUGCCAACGCUGUGUCCGCCCUGCUCUCCAGCCCCCUGCACGGCUGCCAGUGCAGACGUGGCAUGAAGAGAGAGAAGAACUGCCUCAGUAUAUAUUGGAGUCUCCACCAGUCUGGCAUACAUGGGCUGAACCUGGUGGAAAGCUAUCCAUAUGAAGCAGUGGAGAAAGGUUACGACUAUGUCCGUCUAGCCUCCAUCACUGCAGAGUCUGAGCUGGGCAUGUCCACGGUGAACCGUUGCCUGGACGCGGCCAAGGCCUGCAAUGUGGACGACGUGUGCCAGAAGUUGCGCACAGAGUACGUGUCGGCGUGCAUCAAGCCGGCUGGAAAGUCUGGUCUGUGCAACCGCUCCCGCUGCAACAAGGCCCUGCGUCGCUUCUUUGACCGCGUUCCGGCCGAGCACACCCAUGAGCUCCUCUUCUGCCCCUGCAGCGAUAUGGCCUGCUCCGAGAGGCGCCGGCAGACCAUCGUCCCCAGCUGCUCCUACGAAGGGCCAGUGAAACCUAGCUGUCUGACACUUACAAGGACCUGCAGGGCCGACUACGUAUGCAGGUCCCGGUUGGCCCAGUUUCAGUAUGACUGCCAGCCUGAGGGUCAGUCGGCCAGCGGCUGCAAGCAAGGCAACUAUGCUGCCUGUCUGCUGGCCUACACCGGCCUAAUAGGCAGCUCCAUCACGCCUAACUACGUAGAUAACUCGACGUCCAAUGUGUCUCCGUGGUGCACGUGCUCAGCGAGUGGCAAUCAGAGAGAGCAGUGCACAGAGUUUCUGGAUUAUUUCACCGACAACAUCUGUCUCAGGAACGCUCUCCUGACAUUUGGGAACGGAAUGGACCUCACGCCCACUCCCGGCCAAUCAGAGCGCCUAAGCCCUGCGACAGACACAGAAGCACGCCACACCACUCCCGGCCUUGUAUCCAUGGAUACGGAACAGAACAUUGUGAGCCCAGCCAUACCCACACAGGACACAGAGAAUGAAAGACUUUGGGGCGACUCCACCAUUCCCUUCAACACACCCGGUAACUCUGCCCACGUGAGCGCUCACAUGUCUGUGCUGGUGCUCACCUGUCUCCUCCUCAUUCUCCUGCUUGUCUCUGAGCAGUAAAACAGCCGAAGUGUGUUUGGGAGGUCUCCUAGAAAGAGCCUGGGACAAUGGACCAAUUGUGCCAAUAUUUUUUUUUUUAUUCUGGAGUGUGGAAAAACCAACCCUUCAACGGCCAUGUUUCCAACAUCUAACUCAUCAUGUUAUCUUGUGUGUUUCUGUGGAACUCUGAACGCCUGCAAGCACUGAACUUUGCAAGGCAAUGACAUUUAUUCAUGGAAAUGAUGUAUGGUCUAAUGUAAACUACUGGGAAUCAUACCUGUACAUAUGUACAUAUCGUAAUGCAGAGUCAAUAUCAGAAUUUAUCGUAUGUGAACAGCUUCAGCGUCAAGUCUGAGGGCAACUGAAAAAGGUGAAGCCUGUUGUGUUCUAAGAUCCAAAUUACUGGCCAAAGCUCUGAAAUCAGCUCCUGAUGAAAUGUGUGGAGGAAAGAAUCGAAGCCUUGUUUUUCUUUUAUAGCUCCUCAUGCAUCACUUCAAGCGUUCGGAGGCGCCCCAGGUGGAAAUGGGGAUUUAAUAUUGUUCUGUUCAAGCUGACUGAGGAGAAAGACGAAGGCUGUUUCUGAUCAAUACUGGGACAGCAAAGCCUCUGGGUGGAGGUAAACAAUACAUCUCUCAAAGCUUGAACUGUUACUCUGGAUGAAUAUCAGUUUCUAGACCAUUCCCAGGUACGCUCUGUGUUUUCUGGAAGACAGCUCUCUCUCUAGUACCGCCUGACUGAGCAUCAGACAUAAACUAAACAUUUGCAGUAUGUGUUCUCCUCUCUGUUGCUCCACUCUCGUCCAAGCACAACAGAUCAUUCUGAGACAAAUUUCUCUCUGAAAACAGUGUAGCUUAUACUGCAGCGAUCUUUAGCUGCAAUGAUUGUAGUCUACCACAGGCUUCUCAAUCUCUGUUCUUACAUGAAGAUGAAAGGCUAUGAUAGUCCUCUACACUCUUGAAAAUAAUGCUAUUGAAAAGGGUUCUUUGGAAUGAUACCACAGAACAGGAGUCACUAAUCUUUUCCAAAAAAUGGUCCCUGUGACUGCAGGUUUUCAUUCCAACCAAAUAGAAGAAUACCUCAUAUAACUAAUCAAUUAUUUAAAGUAGAAUGAUGUGUCCUUGCUGACUGGCAUGAAAACCUGCAGCCAGAUGGACCCUUUUUGGAAAGGAUUGUCAUAGAAGACCCCUGUCAUAGAAAACCCAGCUUUGGUUCAAUAAAGAACGAUUCAAUAGAUGGUUCUUUAAAGAUUUCUGUAAAUGAGACAGGCAAAUGUGAAAAACCCUCCACAUAAUGUAAAGGACUUAUGUCAAUGAAAGAUUUUCCCAUAAAUGUAAUCUACUGUGUAAAAGUUAUAAUCCAAUUCAUUUAUUUAAUUUUCAUUCAAAGCAGGCAUUAAGUGCGUAGUAUUUUUUAGGAGAUUUCUGAGGAGAGUAUCUAAAGCUAGAGUUCAAAAAUUAUGAAACGAUGUUAUCAGAUAAACAGCUCUUAAAGCUUUCAUCUGUGAGAGAGAGGAGAUGAUCAAGCUCCACUCUUGCUUGAGAUCUGAGAAAGAGUCAACACUAUGAGGCUAGGAGGAUGUGUAGAUGUCAAGAAGCUCUUAAGGCAAAAAAGAAAUAAACAAAAAAGAAGAAAAUUUGCACACCGAAAAUAGACAUCUGAGAUGUGGAGUGAGGUUUCAUGGAGUGACAAGACUUCAUUUGGAUUUGGAUUACGAAAGGCAAAGAUAUCAAAGAAAAUGCAACCAACUUCUAAGAAUAAGCUUUGGAGGUGUGGAAAAAUAUCUCUGCAGAUUUCUUUGAAAAACUGAAAGCAAGUCUCCUGAAAAUAAUAGAAGCUGCAGUAAAGGCGAAGGCUGAAUGCACCAAGUUAUUUAGUAUUGAGGCUUCUGCAUAAUGUGAUGCUAAAAAUAGUAAAUAGCGUGACUUGACGUCUGUUUUGACAGAAAUGAAAUAAAUGAAAGGGUGGUCUCUGAUUUUUGCAGAGUACUGCAUGUUCAAGCCAAGAGCCAAUCUGGAACUUUCAUUUCCAAGAGUGAAAAAGUAAAACAACCAGUGUUGAAUCAACUCUCCCAGCAUUGAAUUAACUCUUGCAGUGUUAAAUUAGCCCUCAGUGUUCUAAAGAGAAGACUGAUUAUAAUUGAUUUAACACUGGUGACGUCAUUAUGUAUAAGUGGUAAUACAGUGUUCUUAUACAAUUGGAAAGCUCAGCUUUGAUUUGUAUCUUGUGUGGAUUCUCUUUCUGCAUAAUGUCUUCAUAUGUGGAGUCGCAUCUCUCUUCGGGAGUCAGCGUGCCAGUGGAGGUGUACACACUGCCUGAGAAAGCUUGAGGUGUCUGUUAUCACAGUUGGAAGGAGAGAUGCUCAUAUGGACACAUAGGGGUCGUGACCGCUCGGCUGGUCCGACUCCCCUCGGUGAGCCUCAGCGAAAGGCUGUGAAGGUUGCAGAACAGUGUGAAGUUCAUCUCAAUCGCUGCCAAUAAAAGAUGCUGGUUCAUUUAAA